UCGAGGACUAUUCGAUAGCGCGGAGGAAAACCCAAGCCUUUCUUGUUAAUUUGAAGAGCUACAGACGAUGAACUCUCGGUCCAUGAAUAUGCUGGUUGUGGCGGUGACGCUGCUGGUCGCUUGCUGUGCGGUGGCAUUCGGCACGUACACGUACCCAGAGUGCGCGCCGAACGGCAAGGGAUGCUGUGAGUUCGGCACGGGCUUAAUGAGGAACCGAGGCUACAUAAUGAUCGCGCUCGAGGGCGACGACAUGGUCGUCACCUGCCACAACGGCGUGUUGCGCUGCUCGUACGAGAACCCGAACAAGAAGGCUCACUACGAGGCCGCCGAGAACGUCACCUGUCCCGACUUCUCCUCGAUGAUGGAGUCGCGCUCAGAGAUCACCUACCUCGAGGGUGUGCAGGCCAAGGUCCCGACUGACGACGAGCAGGCUGCCGGCACUGUCAAGGCGGCGGAUAUUUCGGCCUAGGCUUGUUGUAAACUCUAAAUUUUCGCUCGUUUCU